AUGGCUGAAUCCGAGGCUCCUACGGUCAUUCGUGCCGACCCCAAUGAGGUUGGUGUCUACGAGAUUGAGAGUUUAUGCAUGAAUUGUCGCGAUGAGGGUAUAACCAGAAUACUUCCUAUCAAAAUUCCGUAUUUCAAGGAGAUCCUUCUCGAGUCCUUCUCGUGUGAUCACUGUGGCUGGAAGAACAAUACCGUUAAAAGCGCAGGACAGAUUCAAGAGAAGGGGACAAAAUUUACCUUUAGAUUGGACAACAUGGCCGAUUUCCAGAGACAGGUUGUCCGCGCUGAUACGGGCGUCUUCCGCGUCGAAGAUCUCGGCCUUGAAAUGCUGCCUGCUCCGGGCCAAUUCACAAAUCUUGAGGGCAUGAUCUCGAAGAUCAAAACAGACCUGGAAAGUGAUCAGGCGGCCAGGAAGGAUGCGGAUCCUGCUUUGUAUACUUCUCUAGAAACCGUCAUUCAAAAGCUGGGGGAAAUGCUACAAGGCAACAGUUUUCCAAUCACUGUUUCGCUCGACGACAUCUCGGGUAAUUCAUUUAUUGAACCGUCGCCUAACGACAAGGGCACCAAAUACACCCGCACUGAUUAUUUCCGCAGUCGCGAGCAGAACGUGCAGCUUGGUCUCGUGGUCGAUGAGGAUACCACGGACAAUGGCGGCGGGAUGGAAGGCGUUGAUAUUGUUAACGACGAAGUUUAUGAAUUGCACGCCGAGUGUCCCGCCUGUGGAAAGCCAUGCACAGUGAAUAUGAAAAAGACUAAUAUUCCUCAUUUCAAGGAAGUUAUCAUCAUGGCGACAGUCUGUGACUACUGUGGCUUUAGGACCAGUGAUGUCAAAACUGGGGGUGCGGUCCCCGAGAAAGGAAAGCGGAUCACCUUGGAAGUGAAGAGCAUCGAAGACAUGUCCAGGGAUAUUUUGAAGUCAGAGUCGUGCGUCUUAAAAAGCCAUGAUCUUGGGUUGGAGGUCCAGCCUGGCACACUUGGCGGCCGUUUCACUACCGUCGAGGGCCUACUCACCCAAGUGCGUGACCAGCUUCACGGUCAGAUCUUCGAUGUUGGGGAUGAAGACCUCGCCGGGGGUGACUCGAUGACGGCCGACACACGGUCAAGGUGGGACAACUUUUUCGCCAAACUCGAUGCGGCUAUCAAAGCCGAAUUUCCAUACUCUAUCACCCUUGAGGAUCCACUGGCGAACUCAUUUGUGCAGUUGAAUGUGGAUUCCGGCGAGGAUCCACAGGUCAAGACUGAGGAAUAUGAGAGGACAGAUGAGGAAAUGGAGGAUCUAGGAUUGAAGGAUAUGAAAACCGAGGGAUACGAAAAAGGCCAAGAAUGA